AUGCCUGCUCUUGGAGGAAAGGAAAUCGGGCCUAUUGGUUUCGGCCUCAUGGGCUUCACCUGGCGUCCUGAGCCCACCCCUUACGAACAGGCCUUCAAAACCAUGAAGGCUGCCCUCGAAUCCGGCUGUAACUUCUGGAAUGGAGGCGAGUUCUAUGGUACCAAAGACAACAACUCCCUCCACCUUCUGCACGCCUAUUUUUCCAGAUAUCCUGAGGAUGCAGACAGAGUGGUGCUGAGCAUCAAGGGCGCCCUCGGAGAGCAUUUCACCCCUACUGGCGAUAAAGCAGGCCUUACCAGAAGCAUUGAGGAGUGUCUGAAGGUUCUGGACGGGAAGAAGACGAUUGACAUCUUCGAGUGCGCUCGUGUGGACCCUAAAACCCCGAUUGAAGAGACUAUCGGGUACCUGGCCGAAUUCGUCAAGGCAGGAAAGAUCGGUGGCAUUGGCUUGUCAGAGACUGGUGCUGCCACUAUUCGCCGUGCUGCGUCUGUCCAUCCCAUCGUGGCAGUGGAGGUUGAGUUCUCCCUCUUCAGCUUGGACAUCCAGACGAACGGCGUCGCAUCGACCUGUGCUGAACUUGGUAUCCCAAUUGUCGCAUACAGUCCGUUGGGGAAGGGAUUCCUGACCGGCCAGAUCAAGUCGUUCAGCGAUGUGAGCGAGUUUCAGAAGAUGGGACCGCGCUUCCAGGAGGCGAACUUCCACAAGAACUUGGAGCUCGUAGAUGCUAUCCAGAAGGUUGCCGAGAAGAAAGGUUGCACACCUGCCCAACUUGCUAUUGGUUGGGUCAAAACAUACUCUGGCACGAAGGGCCACCCACUUAUCAUUCCGCUUCCUGGGGCGACAACUGUUAGCAGGGUUCAGGAGAACGCGAAGGACGUGCAUGUGACGGCCGAGGAUCUCAAGGAGAUUGAAGGGAUUCUAGCUGAGAUGCCAGUACAAGGACCAAGAGUCCCGGAGUUCUUGGCCCAUCUUUCCUUUGCUUAG